AAUCCAAGCCGCCCUCGAGUUGCGGAGAGCAGUCCUCCAGGUUGUCUGUCCCCGGAAGUGAUGCUCGAAAGGCCCUCCUCCGAGGAAGUGACGGCAGGAGUGCCCUUGACUGACGGGGAGGGCCGGGCCGUGCAUCCCUCCGCUCGCGCUGCAGGGAGAUGGCUCAGCGACUUCUCCUGAGGAGGUUCCUGGCCUCCGUCAUCUCCAGGAAACCGCCUCAGGGUCGGUGGGCACCCCUCACCUCCAGGGCCGUGCGGUGCAGUCCUGGUGACCUCACAGUAACACCCAGCCAAGCCCGGUCAAUAUACACCACCAGAGUCUGCACAACGACCUUUAAUAUCCAGGAUGGACCUGACUUUCAAGACCGAGUUGUCAACAGUGAAACACCAGUGGUUGUGGAUUUUCACGCACAGUGGUGUGGCCCGUGCAAGAUCCUGGGGCCAAGGUUAGAGAAGGUGGUGGCCAAGCAGCAUGGAAAAGUGGUGAUGGCCAAGGUGGAUAUUGACGACCACACAGACCUCGCCCUAGAAUAUGAGGUGUCCGCCGUGCCGACCGUGCUGGCCAUCAAGAACGGGGAUGUGGUGGACAAGUUCGUGGGCAUCAAGGACGAGGACCAGCUGGAGGCCUUCCUGAAGAAGCUGAUUGGCUGACACGCAGGGAAGAAUCCUGGUGGCCCUUGCCCACCUGGGCCCCGGGGUUCCAGGAGGGCCCCCGCUACAGCUCAGACCUUCUGUGCUGGCCCUUCAUGCCUCCUCCCUUCUGUCCAGCCCCUGUGGACCCGUGCUUUGGAGACCAGGCCCCCAAACCCUGGGAGCCUCCGGGGCUUCCGGGCUGGCUGACUGCCACUGACCUGGGGACAGCCGUCUUCCCACCCACUCUCUCUUGUCUGCUCCCACCAGGGCUCGCCUCAGUUCCCCCGGAUGCUGGAGAGAGCCCCAGGCCAGCCAGCCCGCGGUGCGCCGGGCCAAUGGCGGCCGCGUGUCCCUGGCCCCUUCCGAUCUGCACCCCGGUGCCUGGCCCAUCUGCCUCCUGCAGUUUUUCUUCCCUGCUGCUGUUUUGUAAAAUAGAAGAAGGAAAAAAGAAACCCAAACAAGUGAGAGUAAUAUAUAAUUCUCUCAUUUUUUGUAGGUCUGUAAUAAAGAACUUUAUGUGA